AUGUCUGAGAAGUUUGUUCAUGCUGUUUUGAAUCAUGGUGAACAUUCUUCUGCAUUUCGUGUUAAUACUUUUAUCACCGUUGAUGAAUUGAAGCAUUUUUCCUGUAAGCAUUGGAGGUCUUUGUCCCCUUUGAGUAUACGUUUUUGCUAUAUGGAUACUAAUCAAGUAGUUUUUGUACAAGGUGAUAUACAACUUCAAGGUUUAGUUGCUCUUGUUAUUCAGAUGAACAAUGAAGAUUUCUAUUUGAAUGUUGAUGUGAUUCUGAAGCAUACUGGUUGUAGCACUAGUUCAAGGUAUUUGUCUCGUUCUAAUUCUGGUUGUAGCAGUAGUUCUGGUGCUAGUACUUCAAACUCUUGUGCAAGUGAAAGUUCUAAGCUUGUAAGGGUGGUCUAUCAUGACGCGGACAAGGCCAAGCCUCUCAUUAUCGAUGAAUGGCGUUAUGUUUUUGACAAUAUUGGUAGAGAAUUUGUGGGUGGUGUUAAAUCUGUAAGGAUUGUUGUUGAUCAGUACAAUAUGUGUACUGGUUACAAGAUUCUUAUUCUUAAAAACGACAAGACUCGUUUUACUGCGAAGUGCGAAGAAGAUGGUUGUGGUUGGAGGAUUCACUUUGGGCCUGUGAAUGGUGACAUUUCUCGGUUUGUGCUGAAAGAUUCUAACGUUAUUCACAGGUUGAAGAGUCCUGUGCUGACAACCAAGUUAGUUAAGCAUUUGAUCGCUGAUAGUAUACAAGGUGAUCCCACUUUAAAACCCAAACAGAUCAUGUCACUCUUUAAGAAGACUUAUGGGUCCAAUAUUAAGUAUCACCAUGCCUGUAGAGGGAAAGAAGCUAUAUUUGAAGAUCAAUAUGGUGACGACGAGAAGUCGCAUAGCGAUUUAAAUUGGUAUGUGAAAGCCAUUGAGCAAACUAAUCCUGAUAGCUUUGUGAAACUUGAAGUUGUUGAAGAAACUGGAAGAUUUAAGCGGAUUUUCAUCUGUUUCGGUGCUUGCAAGCAUAGAUAUAGGUAUCUCAGGCCCAUGAUUUACUUGGACGCUACUUUCCUCAUUGGUAGAUUCAGGGGUACUUUGAUGGUUGCAACAUGUGUCAAUGGAAAUGAUAGUUUUUACCCAUAUGCCUUUGCUAUUGUUUUAUCUGAAAACAAAGACAAUUGGUUUUGGUUUCUGGAUAAUCUUCAACAAGUGGUCGAUGAUCGUCCGAUUGUUUUCCUUAGUGAUCGUCACGAAGGACUUAUGCAGGGCAUUCCAAGAGCAUUUCCUGGUUCAUAUCACAGCUAUUUCUUUUACCACAUCAAGUGCAAUCUCCCUAUUAGAAAAGGUUAUGCGAAUUACAAUGUCGUUAUUGAUUUGUUUUACAAAGCUGCUUACUCUUACAAAACAGCGAACUUUGAAGAAGCUUUGCGGGGCAUGCAUGCAAUCGGUUGUGGAUAUGUUGCUAAUUAUCUCAGGACCAUUCCAAAGGAGAAAUGGGCAAAUGCAUUUUUCCCUGUAUGCAGAUAUGCUGCUCACUCUUCAUUUAUUGCCGAGUCAUUCAAUAACUGGAUUCUUAAGUUCAAAAAGCUGCUUGCUUUUGCUCUUCUCGAUGCGAUACGUUUGAAGGUUAUGCAGAUGAAUUCUAAGAGAAGGGUAGAAGGUCUUGAAAAUUUUAACACUAGGCUCACUCCCGUAUACGAGGAUUUACUAAACGAGAACAUCAACAUUGGUCGUACUUGGACUGUUGUUGAGUCUAUGGAAAGAUUGUAUGAAGUCAGGUCUCCCCGCACUCAUUCUGUAGAUCUGUUGGAGAGAACUUGUACGUGUCACAGGUGGCAAGUAAAUGGUUUUCCCUGCGCACAUGCUUGUGUUGCCAUUCAAUCUACAAGGGAGGACAUCUAUUCAUUUGUUGAUCCAUACUUCACCACUGAAUGGUACAACAGAACAUACCAAGAGAUCAUCUUGCCAAUCCCCAAUUAUUACAAGUCCCAGUCUUAUGAUCCUAGUGAUAGGAUUAUUGUUCCUAUUCAUGUGCCUCCACCCGGUAGACGAAGAGAACAGCGUUUCAAGAAGGCUUGGGAGAAGCAAAAGAGGCAUAUGAUGUGCACAAAGUGCUUCACUCUUGGUCACCACAACAGAGCUACCUGCCCCAUGCCUUAA